AAAAAUGUCUUCUUCUUCAACUCAACAAAAUCCUUCUUUUGGUAAUUAUCCGAUUAUGCAAUCAAAAGAAAAACAUGAAGACAUUAAAUUUAUUAAUAUACAAGAUAUUGGGGCAGAAUUGGAUGGAAAAGAGAUUUGGCUCAGAGCUCGUAUUCACGAUAGUAGAGGAAAAGGCAAAAAUUGUUUUAUUUGUUUACGUCAACGUAUUUAUAGUGUUCAAGGGGUUUUAUUUGUUGGGGGAGAAAUUACUAAAGAAUUUGUUAAAUUUGCUCAGAAUAUUUCAAAAGAAUCAUUAGUUGACGUUUUUGGUCAAAUUACAAAAACGCCUUCACCUGUUUCAAGUUGUACUCAAAGCGAUGUUGAAAUUAAAAUUCAAAAAUUAUUUAUUGUUUCUGCUUCUGAGCCGAGAUUGCCUUUACAAAUGGAAGAUGCUACUAGACCUGAUAUUGGAGAAGAAACAGGGGGGUUGGCUGUUGUUAAAUUGGAUACUAGAUUGGAUAAUAGAGUUCUUGAUUUACGUACACCAACUAGUCAGGCUAUAUUUAAACUUCAAGCUGCUAUUUGUGAAGCAUUUCGUUCAAAUCUUAACAAAAGAGGAUUUAUUGAAAUACAUACUCCAAAAAUAAUUUCAGCUGCUAGUGAGGGGGGAGCUAAUGUUUUUGAGGUUAGCUACUUUAAAGGUUCUGCUUAUUUAGCCCAAUCACCACAACUUUACAAACAAAUGGCUAUUGCCGCAGAUUUUGAUAAAGUUUAUACAAUCGGGGCUGUUUUUAGAGCUGAGGAUAGUAAUACACACAGGCAUAUGACUGAAUUUGUUGGUUUAGAUUUGGAAAUGGCUUUUAAAUUUCAUUAUCAUGAGGUUAUUUUUAAUUAUAUUUCUUUGAAAUUUUUUGAGGGUAAAAAAAUUUUUUUAUUCUUUUUUAAGGCAAUGCUUACAGUUGCAGAAUUAAUGUGUGAAAUAUUUGCACAUCUUCAAAAAAAUUUUCAACCAGAAAUUGAAGCUGUUCGUAAACAAUAUCCAAGCGAGCCGUUUAUUUUUACUGAAAAACCUUUAAUAAUUCAAGAGGCUGGUGUUGAACAAGGAGAUGAGGAGGAUUUGAGUACUCCAAACGAAAAACUUCUCGGCCGUUUAGUCCGUGAACGUUAUUCCACUGACUUUUAUGUUCUUGACAAAUUCCCACUUGCUGUUAGACCAUUUUAUACAAUGCCUGAUCCUUUGGAUGAACGUUAUUCAAAUAGUUAUGAUAUGUUUAUGAGGGGAGAAGAAAUUCUUUCUGGUGCCCAACGUGUUCAUGAUCCAAUAUUACUCACUGAACGUGCAAAAAUACAUAAUAUUGAUUUGGAAAAGAUUCGUGCUUAUAUCGAUGCAUUUAAAUAUGGAUGUCCUCCACAUGCUGGUGGUGGAAUUGGUUUGGAACGUGUAACAAUGCUUUUCCUUGGUUUAGGCAAUAUUCGACUUGCUUCGUUAUUUCCACGUGACCCUAAACGGAUUACUCCAUAG